AUGACUAUUACAGAAAAGAUUUCCUCACACAUGUGGUAUUCCUGCUCCUUAUUAUAUUUUUGGAGAAGGGAUGAGACCAAGAGUGUGAAGAAUACCUCCAGAGAUGUUGAAAGUACAACGAAUCAUACAUCAUCAACAGCUAUUUUGAUAACUAAAACAUCUGUAUUAACACCAAGCACAACAUUAUUAGCAAAUUCUGUUACAGAAUCAACAGUUGGAACAUCUCCUAAAGGAACAACCAACAGAGAAAUGUCAAAAUCAUCUUUGGUGUCAACACUUUCUUCAUUAACCACAGCAGUUAAAAGUACAGGAGCCACAACCAGUGAUGUCAUGAAGAAUGAGUCUAUCACUACAACUGCAACAGUGACAAAUACUGCACUUCCAAAUACUGCUCCAACAUUACCAAGUUCCCAACCCAAGACUGAGAAUCAGAGUUCAAUCAAAGCAACAGAGAGACCAGUUAACACUUUACAACCAGAGGCAUCACUUUCUAAAAGCACAUUCCCUUCAAUAUCAAGGUCAGAAAACAUCUUACAGUCUCAAGUAAUAGGCACUGAAAGUGGAAAAAAUGCAAGCUCUUCUUCAACCAGUCCCUCUUACUCCAGUAUUAUUUUGCCGGUGGUUAUUGCUUUGAUUGUAAUAACACUUUCAGUAUUUGUUCUGGUGGGUUUGUAUCGGAUGUGUCGGAAGACAGAUCCAGGUACACCAGAAAAUGGAAAUGAUCAACCUCAGUCUGAUAAAGAGAGUGUGAAGUUGCUCACUGUCAAGACAAUUUCUCAUGAGUCUGGCUUCUCUUCAGAUUCUAUGUCCCAGGACAGAAAAGGAGAAAGCCCUGUGGAAUCACCAAGCUUUUUCACCAGUCUUCACCAGCUGCCUGUCCCAAUAAAGUAA